CUGUGGCUGUGUAAUUUAAAACCUCUGAGAAGUGUGCAGUAGUCUGUGCACAGCGCUAGUAAAACAUGAAGGCUGGAUGCAGCCUGUUCUCCAGAGGACUUUCUCACCCACUGCAGGAGAGAGAAAACUGAAAGACAAACCUGGGUGCAGCCGGAAAGGUCCAGAUAGAUGAGCUUGUGGCAUCCAUUCCCUAAAUUCAGGAAUUGGCCAUUUGAGCACAUCAGGCAGAGAACCCCCUGGUUUUGACUGGUAUCAAUUUGGCAACCCAGAUGGGAACAGGUUCCUAAGAAACAAGGAAUCCAACUGCCCGAAGUUCUGGAGCCCAGCAGGACGGGGACUCCACGCACCCAGCUGGGUCUCAUUGUUCGCUAACUGCAUCAGUUAAGAUUACCCAAACUUGAAUUUCAAAGGAAUACUUUUGUUGUUCCAUCUGUCACAUCGAGUAAUUGGGGCCAGCUGGAUGUCAGGAUGCGUGUGGUUACCAUUGUAAUCCUGCUCUUCUUUUGUAAAGCCGCUGAGCUCCGCAAGGCAACCCCCGGGGGUGCGAGAAGCCGAGCAAAUCAUGGCAGGCCCAGCGGGGGCCGGCGAGCCUCGAACCCGGUCAAACGUUACGCGCCAGGCCUCCCCUGUGAAGUGUACACUUAUCUCCACGAGAAAUACUUAGAUUGUCAAGAAAGAAAAGUAGUUUACGUGCUGCCUGGCUGGCCUCAGGAUUUGCUGCACAUGCUGUUAGCAAGAAACAAGAUCCGCAUAUUGAAGAACAAUAUGUUUUCCAAGUUUAAAAAGCUGAAAAGCCUGGAUCUGCAACAGAACGAGAUCUCCAAAAUUGAAAACGAGGCUUUCUUUGGUUUAAGCAAACUUACCACCCUCUUACUACAGCACAACCAGAUCAAAGUCUUGACGGAAGAGGUGUUCAUUUAUACGCCUCUCCUGAGCUAUCUGCGUCUUUAUGACAACCCUUGGCGCUGUACGUGUGAGAUCGAAACGCUUAUCUCAAUGCUGCACAUUCCAAGAAACCGGAAUUUGGGAAACUAUGCCAAAUGCGAAAGCCCACAAGAACUAAAAAAUAAAAAACUGCGGCAGAUAAAAUCUGAACAGUUAUGCAAUGAAGGAGAAAAGGAACAAUUAGACCCCAAGCCCCAAGUAUCAGGGAGACCCCCAGUCAUCAAGCCUGAGGUGGACUCAACUCUUUGCUACAAUUACGUGUUUCCCAUACAAACGCUGGACUGCAAAAGAAAAGAGUUGAAGAAAGUUCCAAAAAACAUCCCUCCAGAUAUUGUUAAACUUGACUUAUCAUACAAUAAAAUCAACCAACUUCGACCCAAGGAAUUUGAAGAUGUUCAUGAACUAAGGAAAUUAAAUCUCAGCAGCAAUGGCAUUGAAUUCAUAGAUCCUGCUGCUUUUUCAGGGCUCACUCACUUAGAAGAGUUAGAUUUGUCAAACAACAGUCUGCAGAACUUUGACUAUGGAGUAUUAGAAGACUUGUAUUUUUUGAAACUUUUGUGGCUCAGAGAUAACCCUUGGAGAUGUGACUACAACAUCCACUACCUCUAUUACUGGUUAAAGCACCACUACAAUGUCCACUAUAACGGCCUGGAAUGCAAAAUACCUGAAGAAUAUAAAGGGUGGUUUGUGGGAAAAUAUGUUCGGAGUUACUUUGAAGAAUGUCCCAAAGACAAGCUACCAGCAUACCCUGAAACAUUUGACCAGGACACUGAAGAUGACGAAUGGGAAAAAAUACACAGGGAUCACGUGGCAAAGAAACAAAGUGUAAGAAUCACUAUAGUGGGAUAACUUAGAAAUUGUUUUGGUUGUAACCAGUUUUCUAUACUAGUGUCAGAAAAGCAUAUGUUUACAUUUUGAUUAAUUGUGUUGCCUAUUUAUGCAGGGUUAGCCAGCUAGAGGAGGAUUUCUUUGGUUGUUAUUAUUACUAUAUUGUGACAAUUAUAGUUACCAAGGGAAUACUCACAUCCUGCUUGUCUUUCCAUUUGCACCCUGAUCCCCCACUGGUAAACUGCAGGAGUUGGGUCCUAAUGAUGGCAUUAGUAUUUCAUAAUGCCCUGUAUAAAUG